GUGUGUGCUUUAUAGAUGUAUAUAAUCCCGGAGUUGACCCAGAAAACAAACUCCUCUGACUACCGAGACACUGCAGAGUUUGAUUCCGCCGCAGGGCUGCAUGUAGCCGGAUCGUCAGCUGGAGGAACGACGCCGGCAGUGAUCCAACUUCUCCGCACGGAUUCCACAUUAAUACUUCGGAGUGACCAAGCAGCCAUGGCUGAACACAUGAUGAUGCCCAUGACCCACGGAUUUAGGAUGGGCAUGAACGGUCCUCCGCAGCACAACAACCAGCCCGGUCUGCGCAGUAUGCCCAAUGGCCAGGUGAUGCACUAUGGCAGGAAUCCACAGAGCAAUAUGGAGGCCGCCAUGAGACAGAGGCAAGGCAUGGUGGGACAUGGAGGAAUGGGUGGCCCGGUGAACGGAACACCCAUGGCCAACCAUCACCACCAGAUGAUGUCCGGGAACAUGAUGUACAAUGGCCAGGGCCCUCAGCAACAGCACCACCACAUGCACCCACAGCAACAGCAGCAGCAGCAACAGCAGCAGGGUGGACACCCGCAGCAGUACCUUCCUGGUAACCUUACCUCCCAGCAGCUCAUGGCCAGCAUGCAUCUGCAGAAACUCAACACUCAGUACCAUGGACAUCCACUGAGCUCGGUCAACGGCCACCACCUUCCCAACGGUGGUCAGUACCGGGUGGGCCCAGCCCAGCUUUCGAGCAUGCAGCACAUCGGUGGCCCUUUGGGGCUAAACGGCAUGGACAUGGAUCUGAUCGAUGAGGAGGUUCUGACUUCACUGGUGCUGGAGUUGGGUUUGGAUCGUGUUCAGGAGCUUCCCGAGCUCUUUUUGGGACAGAACGAGUUUGACUUCUUAUCAGACUUUGUGUGCAAACAGCAGCCGAGCACGGUGAGCUGUUGAGCGAUCCAGCUAGGAUUGGUUUGUUUGGUUUGUUUGGUCUGGACACCCCAAAGAAUGACUGAGAGACCACAGUAGCACAGCAAGAGGAGACAAUCUCUCUGUUCUGUUUGGGUUUUUCUGUGUCUGUGUAUAUGACAGUGUCUAGUGCGCCUUCAUGCUGACCUGCCUGUGAGUUGAUGAAGAAUUGUAAUGAGAGAAAAUGCAGAAAUAGCACCAGGUUUCUCUUCUUUGGGCCAGUGCCAGUAAGAUCUGUCGCCUUGGGCCAAAUUGAGGCAUCCUGAUGCAGUGGGCUCUGUCUGUACCCAUCUGGCCCUCAGCACAUGUGCCUGCAGUGCCAAGGCUUUUGGAUAAUUGUAAAUUUAACAAACCCAAUGUGGGAAGGCAACCUGAAAUGACUGCCCGCCUGGGUCUGCUAGAUUCUGUGGCAUCUCCAAGUGUAUUUUAUCUCUGAUGACACCUGCAACUUGUAGCAGACAUCUUACAAAUUUGUAAAAGGUUGUCCUCUGAAUUUGUUUAUACAAGGACGAAGGGAUCUUGGGAAUGGAGAAUGAAUUUUUUUUCUGUUCAUAUUGAAGCUGGCUCUUCAAACCUGACUUCAUACAAAAGAUGACAUUUCCUUGAAGAGCAGGAGAGUGCGUCUAUGCAGCAUUCCUCGGCGACACGAUAGGAUUUAUCUUGGAUUGUUUUGGUGAAAUGUGCUGCAUCAAUUAUUUAGCUUUCAGUGUCAUUUGUCAGACUGUGAUACAAUCAGCUGUCUUUAAAGGUAUCUCAUCUAAUUCCUGAUUUUUAACAGAGUGAACUGUGGGCAGAGUAGUGCAUUUCUUGUGAGUGUUGGAUUAAACCACUGGCUAUUAAACAGUUUUUGGGCAUGCCCCAUUCAGUGGUCACAAAGGCCCAUCCCAUGAUGGAAGCACCUAGUAAAAAAAAAAAAAAAGGAUACAUUUUAUGUGAAAUAAAUGUCUGCACGAUAUCAUUCAAAUUAGUUUCACUCCAUAUGUUUCCUGUGCCUGUCCACACCACUAGUGUAGUGGCUUUAGGAACCACCCCACUCCACUAGUGGUAUAUUUGUUCAUUAUCAAAAGAGAGGGAGAGAUGUAUUAGUAUAUAAGAAACAGCAUAACUGAGAUUUGAGAAAAGUCAAACAAAAAAAAACAACAAAACAAAGCAAAAAAAAAAAAAAAAAAAACAGAAAUCAGACACUGGUAACAGCAGAGGUGUGACAAAACAGGAUUGUUAAAAAAAAGUGUGAAUUGCAGAUUUUGCAUCUGUGUGUUAUUUGUGUGGGUCUGUACAGUGAGGCUUUUAGAUCCCAUCAAAAAGGCAUCUUCCUCCCUAAACCAUUGCCCAGCGUGCUGAAGCUGACGGGAGGCCGUGAGGGGAGAGAGGCUUCGCCAUGUGGACACAAUGUGUGGACACAGCACUCCCUGGCAGCACUUAGUUUAAUCAUUAUUUAAAGCUGCCACUACCUGUGGCAUUGAUUUCAUUAGGCUGGAAGAGCGAAAGAGGAGCAAACUUGUUGUUUUUGCCAUAGAUUAGCUUACUCUGCUGCUUUUGUACUGAUUAGAUUUAAAUUACAUGUUCUCACACGCUUGUCUUAAUUGAGGUCAGCUUGCACAUUCUCCAGUGACUCAAUAAUUAUAAAUCGGACAUGUUCUGUGACGCCCCCCCCCCCCCCUUUUUUUAAUGGAGUUGGUAAUUAGGUUUUUGUCAAGGUUGCUGCUUUGCUGCUGCAGGCCGGUUGAGUGAGAACUUCCUGCGUUUUUGUAAUGCUAUUUGUGGAGCUGUCAGAGGGGUCAGGGCUGCACUGGUGAACUGUGUUAAUCCGUUCCAAUACUACUGCCCUGCUGCGGCCCCUGCCUCUCGCUGGAGAUCUGCCAUCUCCGAGCUCUACAGUGGAACAAUGGGCAUUGAAAAGCUGUUGUAAAGGCAGAAAAAGUGCCAGCACAAGUUUCACUUUCCACCUGGCAAGACUGCCGCCACACAAACUCACAACCUCGCAGUUAAAAUGGAAACACUUCUGGCCUUAGCGAGACAGUGGCCUCUGAUUACAGCUAUAUCAAUAAGCGCAGCCUUCUUGUGUAUUGUAUCUUUGUACUGUAGAGUAGAGGUGAAGUUGAUCUAGACACAUAUAAGGUACUUUCGAGCAAACAUUGUCAAAUGUAAACGUAAACCAGUGGCUGAUUUUGAUGUGUUGACAAGAGAUUAUAUCCUACAUUUUUACAAACGAGUGUGUAGAUACAGUAUACCAAUGUCUUUUUGGGUGCAGGGCCCAAAGCUUUAAGACCAAGUAGACUGCAUGUUAUAGCAAGCGGGAGGGAUGCCACCACUGUCCCACAAAGCAGCUGAGAAUGUACAGUACAACACUUUGUGGGAACCUGUCUUACGAUGCUAGAUAAACGUGUGAGAUUGUACUCCUGUUCCAAAUUACACAUCAUUCAUUUGGGUAAUCCCCGACCGCCCUGUCCUCCCUCCUUCUCCUUUCCCACUUCCCCAAAGCUUUUGUAAUGUUAUUGAUUCUAUUUUGAGAAAAUGUAUUUAUUUUCAAAUAAAAUAUUUAUUUAAAGUUU